CAAACCAUUAGAGUAGUAUACUUGGACAAAAGGGGAAGAUGUUGGCUAUGUACGGCUGCUGAUGCAGUUAGUCGGUCACCUUUGGGAUGGGACAGUGUUGAAAGCAUUUGUUGGUACCAAGAUGCUAUCAAGCAGAUUCAAAUUUAGUAUAAUAUAACUUGUUGGUGUUGUUGUUCUUCUUCUCUAGGCAGCGGAACAAGGAGGAUGGACGCCGGAGUAAAACGAGAUCUGGUGAGAGCCUCUCACUCUGGCGAUUGGGAAGCUGCUGUGCAAAUCUUUGACCGGUACCCAGAUGCCCUAACUAGUUGGAUAAAUGAGUACAGUGAGACAUCACUGCAUAUAGCUGCAAAUGUUGGACACACACAGUUCGUGUUGAAUCUAACGAGGAGACUAGCUUCCCAUGACAUAGCAAAGACGGAUUGGAGCAAUCACGUUGCCCUACAUGGCGCUGCUGCAGCCGACUGCACAGAGAUAGCAAGGGCUAUGAUGGAAAGGAAUGAAACAUUGACGGGGUUCAUCAACUACCGCGGUGAAACGCCUCUUAUUAAAGCUUUUCAGUGUGCUGGCAAGGAAAUGGUGGAUUUUCUUUACCAGUCUGAUAAGGCAAAAGAUCCAUGCCCUUUUGAAAGGGAAAAUAUUGGCGUUAGGACGCUAACAAAUGCAAUUUACUCUGGUUACUUCGACGAGGCUUUGUAUUUGGUCGACAAUUUCCCUCACCUACUCGUCGGCUUUGAUGAAAAGGACAAUACUGCCCUUCUUGCCUUGGCCAAGAAACCAUCCGUAUUCAAAAGUUCGAGUCGGCUUGGAUUUCUGGAAGGCAUCAUUUAUUCAUGUAUUCAUUUGGAACAAGCUCAUGACAGAACUCCAAAUGGAACAACUCAAAAUGCCAUUGGAAGUAAUACUCAAAACCCUACAACUGGAACCUCAGCUAUGCCGAAUCUAGUCCGGUUCCUUCAGAAAGCCCUCAUCAACAGAGUUGCAAUUAUCAAGAGGGUAUAUAACAAAAAGCUGAUGCAUAAGCAGAGCGUUGAACUAGUGAAACGCAUUUGCGAACAGCUUGAAGACAUAUCUGCUCAGAUCGAAGACGGACGCAUAGAGAAUAUGGAGGCUCCCUUCUAUCAAGUUCGCGGCGCAAUGCACCUUGCUGCGGAGAAUGGAAUUGAGGAGUUGAUAAUCGAGUGUCUUAAUCAUUUUCCUGGUCAGGUGUGGUAUGUACUUGAUGAUCAGCAUUGCCGAUAUCAUAAGAGAGCUUCAUAUCAGGGUACCCCAUUUCAUACGGCAAUUGUGUAUCGCCAAGAAAAGAUUUUCAAUCUUAUACACCGAACAGGUGGAUUUAAGAAGAUGUUGUCCUUUUAUGGUUCUAAUAUGUUGCAUCUAGUAGCAAAAUUGGCACCUUCCUCUCGAAUUAAUUGUGUUUCUGGUGCUGCUCUGCAAAUGCAACGAGAACUCCAAUGGUUCAAGGAAAUAGAGAAGUUUGUGUCCCCGCAUUGUAAAGAAGAAACAAAUAAUGAAGGAAAAACACCCAGAGCUGCAUUCGGCGAGGAGCACAUGGAUUUGGUUGAAAAGGGAGAGAAAUGGAUGAAGGACACAGCAACAUCAUGUAUGAUUGUGGCCACACUCAUUGCGACAGUGGUUUUUGCAGCUGCUUUUACCGUGCCAGGAGGCAAUAUUGAUGGUAAAGGGACUCCCAUCUUCUUAGAGGAAACCUCUUUCAUGAUUUUCUUAAUAUCAGAUACAAUAGCACUCUUCUCCUCCAUUACUUCAGUGCUAAUGUUCUUGGCAAUCUUAACUGCACGAUAUGCAGUAGACGAUUUCUUGGAAUCGUUGCCCAAGAAAUUGAUUAUUGGACUCGCUACCCUUUUCAUCUCAAUUGCUGGUAUGGUCAUAGCAUUCAGCUCAGCACUUUUCAUCAUUCUCGGAGAUCAAAAGAAACGGCUUAUCACUCCAAUUAUUUUAUUUGCUUGUCUUCCAGUAACAUCAUUUGGGCUGUUGGAAUUUCCACUCUUCAUUGAAAUAAUUUUUUCUACCUAUGGGCAGGGAAUUUUCCACCGGAAAUGUGAUCAUUUAAUCUUCAGGUCCUAGCUAGCUCCAUGGACAUACAACACAUCUUACCAUUUCUUUCAUUUUCAUGUCUACCUUCGUCCACCUUUGGACAUAGGAUUUGAAAAACAAUAGCAGAAUAGUAACAAAGAUAAAAAGCAAAUAAGACUCUGCAAAUAGAAGAUCAAUUGGAAGCAAAUGGAUCUUCAAAAAGAAAUUAAAAGUAGAUGGUUCUAUAGAAAAAGUUUUGCCCAAUUCGGAUUUUAUUAUCAGCUUUGUGAAGUCCAAGGUUGUGUUCAAGUGUAUGUUGCUGGAUUCAUCAAGAAAAGUGGAGUUAUUCUUUAUUUGCAGAAUCUUAUUUGCUUUUUAUCUUUGUUACUAUUCUGCUAUUGUUUUUCAGGAUUUCUAUUUCAUAUGGAAUUUCUGUAACGUCAAGUAUGGUCCAUGCAAAAUUUCUUCUCCCCAGCUAAACAUGACCAGUGGUGUGGAGAGUAAUUACAGUUCAUGAACUGCAUGUUUGCAAAACAAUCCAUUUGCAGUUCAAUUGGCAUUCCUCUUCUGGUGUAUAUCUUGGCCUGCUUCCUUAUGGGUGUUGAAUUCUUUUACAUUUCUAUUUUUUGAUAGAGAAUGAAUGUUGGAAUUCAUGGAGCAAGUCUUCUGGUGUUCAGAUUUAUCUUGGUUA